CUCUCUCAAUUGGAACCGCUGACUCCACCACGACUCCCUGGUCAUCGUGCUCGGCGGCAAAACAUCGAUCCGACUGACCGAAACCGUGUCUCCUUUUCCGCUAUAAAUACCCUUCAACCUCUUUGUCCCCUUUCGCUAUUCCAUUCUGGAAGGGGGACGUGUCUGCUUUUGGGCUCAAUUCCUUUCCCUUCGGUCUCCAGUAGAGGUUUUCUAGGGUUCGACGGGUUCCAGCUCCUUCGCCAUGAAUCCCGAAUAUGACUAUCUUUUCAAGCUUCUGCUUAUUGGAGAUUCAGGGGUUGGAAAGUCAUGCCUUCUAUUAAGAUUUGCGGAUGAUUCAUAUUUAGAGAGUUACAUCAGUACUAUUGGUGUUGAUUUUAAAAUUCGCACAGUGGAGCAGGAUGGGAAAACCAUAAAACUUCAAAUCUGGGAUACGGCCGGACAGGAGCGCUUCAGGACAAUCACAAGCAGCUAUUACCGUGGUGCGCAUGGCAUCAUUGUUGUGUAUGAUGUAACUGACCAAGAAAGUUUUAAUAAUGUAAAGCAAUGGCUGAAUGAGAUAGAUAGAUAUGCAAGUGACAAUGUGAACAAGCUUUUGGUUGGAAACAAAUGUGAUCUGGCUGCUAAUAGAGUGGUUUCCUAUGAAACUGGGAAGGCAUUUGCUGAUGAGAUUGGGAUACCAUUCUUGGAGACCAGUGCCAAGGAUGCUACCAAUGUAGAGAAGGCAUUUAUGACCAUGGCAGCAGAGAUAAAGAAUCGGAUGGCAAGCCAACCAGCCAUGAAUGCCAGCAGACCUGCUACCGUACAAAUGCGAGGUCAGCCUGUCACCCAGAAGAGCAGCUGUUGCUCUUAGAUUUAACUUCUUCCUUCUCAAAGGUAAAUGUUUGCCUUGAUGAACGUCUAUGAAGUUGCAGGUUUGGAGUGGCAAACGUUGUUGGUUAUUGGUUGCAUACUUCAUGUGUAAAUAAUGAUGAAAACUUUUAGAGACCAUGCAUGGUUUGAACGGGUGUGAACAGACACAUUUACUAUGUUCAUUUAAAACAAAAGCUCUGUCUGCAAAGUGGCGAAAUGCUCCUAGGUUCUUGAAAAUGAUCAUAUGCUUCAUUAUAUGAUGUAAAUGACCGCGUGCUGACAUGGUCUUAAGCAUG